AUGGCGUCGCCAGAGCUGGCCAUCGCGAAGGCCGCGCUCUGCGCCUCUCUCUUCAAAGCCGACCCCGUCUCGCUCUCGCGCCCCGAAGUCGAUACGCUCUUCCCGCUGCUCGACGCCACCAUCGCCCAGUGCUCGCGACACAAUGUUCAGAGCUGCAAGAACUGGAUCAUGGCCCACGUCGCAUCGUCACCCGCGCGAUGCGCCAACCUUGCCAAGUACCUCGCCGCCUUGUCCAAAAGCUUUCCGACCGACACAGCCACGCGGCCGAGCCCCAAGCGCAAGCGCCUGCACAUUCUCUACCUUCUCAGCGAUACGCUGCACGACGCUGCGCGCACGAGCAACAGCGUCUGCGCCAACGCCUGGGCUGCGCACUUGGUAACUCUCGUGGCGGCAGCUGCUUCUUUUGACAGGUGCCCGAAGCACAAGGCAAAGCUCGAGAACCUCGUUGCGCUCUGGGCCGAGAAGCAACUCUUUACGGGAGACGUACUAUCCCAGUUUCGCGACGCCGUGUCGAAGAAUGGCAAUAUUACUGCUCCCGUCGCACAAGCCGAUGCCACGUCAACAACGUCUCUUAAAGUCGCCAAGGAAGCGCCAUAUACACUCCCCUCCUCUCAUGGCGAUACCUCCACGCCAUGGUACGAUCUCCCGGUGGGCACCUGGCUUCCGCAUUUAACGCCAAAUUCAGCGCGGCCCAUAGUGACGGACCACAUCCGCCCGAUCCAGCUGUCUGCUGGCCUCGCUGAUGGGGCCCUCGUCGACGCUGUCAAGAAGCUCCUGUGCAGUGCCGACCGCAUGCACUCCAGCAUCGACGUGUCCUCAAUUGACGGUAGCUCACGCUCGCCAUCGCCGUUGCGGAAGCGUCCGCGUCGAUACUCGUCCGAGUCACGCAGCCGCAGUCGCAGUCGCAGUCUCAGCCGCAGCCGCACGCCACCCGCGCGGGAAACUUUGCAGGGCUACCGCCACCACCGCCUCCACCUCAAGCUGGCUUCCCGGCACAAUGGGCUCCGCCGCCGCCGCCGCCUCUUCCACUAG